AUGAAGGUCCUUGCUGCCCUCGCGCUGAGCGCCCUGGCCAUGGCCAAACCCACUCCUCCCAUGCCAGGCAUGUCCCUCAUUCAGACCGGUCCCCAGGAGACGCGCUGGGUCACCGACGCUGAGAAGCUCGAAUUGACCAUGGCCGACAUUGGUUUCUUCGAUAUCACCGACAACCCAACCUCCGCCCGUGUUGCCUCCAAGCCAAAGUCCUACGCUUUCCCCGGAAACGUCAGCCACCAGGCCGAGGUCAAACCACUUCUUGAGAAGCUCUCCGGAGACCACAUGAAGGCCAACCUCGAGGAAUUCUCCAAGUUCCCCAACCGCUACUACCAGGCUGACUCUGGUGUCGAGUCUGCCGAAUGGAUCCUCUCUCGUGUCCAGGAGGUCAUCGGCAACGUGAAGGGCGCCACUGCCGAGAAGGUCGAGCACAAGUGGAAGCAGCCUUCCAUCCGUGCCAUCAUCCCCGGUAAAUCCGAGAAGAUUGUCGUCGUCGGUGCUCACCAGGACAGCAUCAACGGCAACAACCCCGACGGAGCUGCCCCCGGUGCCGACGACAACGGAUCUGGAUCCGUCACUAUCCUCGAGGCCCUCACUGCCCUUGUCUCCGACCAGAAGAUUGCUGGCGGAGAGGCCGCUAACACCCUCGAAUUCCACUGGUACGCCGGUGAGGAAGCCGGUCUUUUGGGAUCCCAGGCUAUCUUCCAGCAAUACGAGCAGGAGCAGAAGCCAGUCGUCGCUAUGCUUAACCAGGACAUGACCGGAUACGGAGAGAAGAUGGGUGUCAUCACCGACAACGUUGACGCUGGCCUCACUACCUUCACCAAGCUCAUCCUCGACACCUACACCUACGGUAAAUACGAGGACUCCGAGUGCGGAUAUGCUUGCUCCGACCACGCCUCUGCCAACAAGGCCGGCUACCCAUCUGUCUUCAUCUACGAGGCUCCUCUCGGCCAGGACAACCCAGCCAUCCACUCUCCCGAUGACACCGUCGACAAGCUCGACUUUGAGAAGAUGGUUGAGCACGGUAAGCUCGUCGUUGGAUUCGCCUACGAGCUUGCUUUUGCCUCCUUGUAA